UCUGCAUCACUCCAUCUGCUUCAGGAUAUACAAAGGCAUCCUGCAGGCCAUCCAGAAGUCAGAUGAGGGCCAUCCGUUCAAGCAGUACCUGGACCACGAGGUGGCGCUGCCCGAGGACAUGGUCCACAAGUACAGCGACUUGGCUCUCGCCAAAAUCAACAAGACCAUCGGGGAAUUAAGGCGCCUGUUCCUGGUCGAGGACCUGGUCGACUCCAUCAAGUUUGCCGUGUUGAUGUGGAUCCUGACCUACGUGGGCUCCUUGUUCAACGGCCUCACUCUAAUUAUUCUGGCUCUGGUCGGAGCCUUCAGCUGCCCGAUCGUCUACGAGAAACACCAGGCUCAGAUCGACCACUACCUGGCCCUGGUCAACAACCAGGUCAAAGACAUCGUUGGGAAGGUCCAGGCGAAGGUUCCCGGGAUGAAACGCAAAGCCGAGUGAAGCAACGGAAAGUCAGAGUUUGGAUUCAGGAAGUCCUGAGAGGGGAGAUGUUUGGAGUGGGGGGGGGUGGGUUAGUGGUGGGGGGGGUAGGGGAGGGGAGAGAGGGAGGGAGGGAAACAUGAAGGAAAAGCUGGAGGAGGAGAGGAGGGGUUCUGGCGUGGACGCAGCCCUUCUAACUUUAUUUGUCAAACAUAAUAAAAACAUUUCUUUUCCAGUCCAGAA